AUGGGCGUGUCGCGCAUCCAGACGACCACGUGGCGCGGCGAGCGCUGGAGCACCAACCGCGCCUUCCUCUUCCCCACCAAGCGCCGGCGCAACCUGUUCGUGCGCAAGCGCGCGCUCGUCACGCGCGUGCUGCUGGACGCGGCCGCCAGGCGCGCUGUGGGCGUGCGCUACGAGCGCGACGGCGUCAGCCACGUGGCCACGGCCAGAAGGGAGGUGGUGCUGUGCGCAGGCGCCAUCAACACCCCGCAGCUUCUGAUGCUCUCUGGCGUCGGCCCCAGCCACCACUUGCGGGAACUCGGAAUCCGCGUGCGGAAGGACCUCCCGGUCGGCCAGAACCUCGUCGAUCACUCUUUUUUCGUGGGGCUUCCGGUUGUUUUUAAUCAGUCAGUUGCUCCUAGUGCUAGCGAGGUAUUCAACGACCCUGAAAAUUAUAUUGAUUAUAUUACGAAUAGACAGGGACCUUUAUCGAAUAUAGGAUCUCUGGAAAUGAUUUACUUUUUCCAAGCCGGACAACCAGUUUUUGAUUCGGCUCCCAACAUGGAAAUGCUAUUUUUGGAAUUCCCGCCUACGGUGAAUUUUGCAAAUAGUAACGUGAAUAUUUAUCAAAACUUAACUGGAAAACACACUUAUCUUCCUGUUCUCGUACUUCUCCGGCCUGCAAGCAAAGGAAACGUCACUCUUGCCUCGACGGAUAUUCACGAUCAACCGAAGAUCUUCCCUAACUAUUUCGGCGAGGAAGAGGAUGUUAAGAAUGCUGUGGAAGGGUUGAAGAAAAUGUUGGAGCUAUUCCAAACUCAGGCGUUCCAGAAAGUGGGCACCAAGUUGUUUGACGAGAAGCUGCCAUCGUGUGAGAGCUACGAAUUCGCCACUGAUGAGUAUUGGGCGUGUGCUCUAAAACGAUUCUCGCUCACCAUUUACCACCCUUGUUGCACGUGCCGCAUGGGUCCUAAGAAAGACCCGUCUUCAGUGGUGGAUCCUGAUCUUCGGGUUAAAGGAAUAAACAACCUGAGAGUAGUAGAUGCUUCUGUCUUCCCUACCAUGGUCUCUGGACAUUUGGAAGCACCGACACUAAUGGUUGCAGAAAAAGCUGCAGACAUAAUUCUGAAUUCUGCAUCGAAAGGAAUAAAAAAACCGAAAUAA